AUGAUUGACUAUGGUCAUGAUGGUUCGCGUCGAGAUUUGUCAUUGAGGGCCUAUCGAAAGCAUCAGUUGGUGAAUCCAUUGCAGAAUCCUGGUGAACACGAUUUAACGGCAGACGUUAAUUUUGGUUACUUGAAGAGUCUGAUCGAAGAUAGAGCGUUGGUGUUUGGCCCGCUUGAUCAGAGAGAAUUUCUAGCCCAACUGGGUAUCGGUAUUCGACUGCGUCGUUUGGUGGAGAAAUGUUCGAAUAGAGAUGAUCAAGUGAAUUUGAUCAAAUCAUACAAUAUGUUAAUGUCAGAUGAAGGUAUGGGUACGCGAUUCAAAGUUAUGAGUGUCUAUCCGAAAACACUUAAAAAUAUACUGGAUAAGCGCGGAUAUCCGGCCGGUUUUGCCACAGGAGAGGGAACUUCAGAGAAGAAUGAACGGUGA